CCGGCGGGGCGCUCUCCGCGGCGCGCCGCGCAUGCGCGGAGCGGAUGUUACCGCCGCCGUUAGCGCCGCCAGCGCCGGGGCUCUAUGGGGAGAACAUGGCUCCUUUCCCCGAGGAGGUGGACGUCUUCUCGGCUCCGCACUGGCGGAUGAAGCAGCUCGUGGGGCUCUACUGCGACAAGCUUUCCAAGACCAACUUUUCCAACAACAAUGAUUUUCGGGCUCUUCUGCAAUCUCUUUAUGCCACAUUCAAGGAAUUUAAAAUGCAUGAGCAGAUUGAAAACGAGUGUAUCAUUGGUUUACUUCAGCAACGUAGCCGGACAGUGUAUAAUGUGCACUCAGACAACAAACUCUCAGAGAUGCUUAGCCUCUUUGAGAAAGGGUUAAAGAAUGUAAAGAAUGAAUAUGAACAGCUAAACUAUGCGAAACAGCUGAAGGAGAGAUUGGAAGCCUUUACCAGGGAUUUCCUUCCUCAUAUGAAAGAGGAAGAGGAGGUUUUUCAGCCAAUGUUGAUGGAAUACUUUACUUACGAAGAAUUGAAAGAUAUUAAGAAGAAAGUAAUUGCACAGCACUGCUCACAGAAGGAGGCUGCAGAAUUCAGAGGUCUUAGUAAGUGGAAUCAAGCAGAAGAGCUUCAGAAGGUCUUUAAGUAUUCUGUGGACGAGAAGGCAGAUCAAGAAACUGAAGUAACAGGGCACACCACAAAUAUUACUAAUCUUCCUCCUGAAGUCAUGCUGACCAUUUUCAGUUACCUUAACCCCCAAGAGUUAUGUCAGUGUAGUCAAGUAAGCACUGAAUGGUCACAGUUGGCUAAAACUGGAUCUCUCUGGAAACAUCUGUACCCUGUUCGCUGGGCCAGAGGUGAUUGGUAUAGUGGUCCUGCGGCAGAUCUUGAGACAGAACCUGAUGAGGAAUGGGUGAAAAACAGAAAAGAUGAAAGUCGUGCUUUCCAGGAAUGGGAUGAAGAUGCUGAUAUAGAUGAAUCUGAAGAAGCAGCUGAAGAUUCACUUGCCAUUAAUAUAGCACAAAUGGAAAAACGUUUACUUCAUGGCUUAAUUCAUAAUGUCCUCCAGCAUGUAGGGUCCUCAGUGAAGACAUUAGUAUUGGCCUACAGUUCUGCAGUGUCUAGCAAAAUGGUUAGACAGAUCUUGGAGCUUUGCCCCAACUUGGAAUAUUUGGAUCUCACUCAAACUGAUAUUUCAGACUCUGCAUUUGAAAGUUGGUCUUCAGUUGGUUAUUGUCAAAAUCUACGCCACCUUGAUCUGUCUGGAUGUGAAAAAAUCACAGAUGUGGCUAUAGAGAGGAUUUCCAGAGCACUGGGUAUCAUAUCAACUCACCAUACCAGAGGUAUUCUGAAAAGCUGCAGAAACAGGAAUGCUAAGACUUUGUGGAAAAACAGAGAGAUUACUCUGCAGUCCAACAAGAAGUAUAAUUGUUUGCAUGAAAUCAACAAUGAAAACCUCAUUGAGGGAGGAGAUGGUGAGCAGCAUUGGACUAAACCUGACAGCUCAGAAAACUUGAAUUCUGCUUAUGUGUGGAUGCUAGAUGCAGAUGAUUUAGCUGACAUUGAAGAUGCUGCAGAGUGGAGACACAGAAACGUUGAAGGAUUUUGUCUUACAGAACCAACAUCCCAUGUUAAUUGUUCUGCAUCGUGCUACAGUAGAGAAAUUUAUGGAUUAAGGACUAGAGGGUGGCAGCAGCACUGUGCUUCUACUGACUUGAUUUACUGCGGUCACUCAUUUUGUUGUGCUGGGACAGCACUAAGAACUAUUCGAGCACUUCCAGAGUCCUCUGCACUGUGUAAAAACUCAACAAGGACUAAGCAGUCAGAGAAAAAAGACUCUGUAUACUCUGGGAGUGAAAAAACAGAUGAAGAGACUGCACGAGUUCUUCAGUUUCUCAGUCUUUCUGGAUGUUACCAGAUCACAGACCGUGCUCUCAGGGCAUUGACUUUGGGAGGAGGACUGCCGCAUUUGGAACACCUUAAUCUCUCGGGUUGUCUCACUGUAACUGGUGCAGGCCUGCAGGAUUUAGUUUCUGCAUGCCCUUCUCUAAAUGACGAACACUUUUACUACUGUGACAACAUUAACGGUCCUCAUGCUGAAACCGCCAGUGGAUGCCAGAAUUUGCAGUGUGGUUUUCGGGCCUGCUGCCGCUCUGGCGAAUGACCGCUGACUUCUGAUCUUUCAGUCUACUUCAUUUAGCUCAGCAGGCUUCCUUUCAUGCACUUUACUUACAGUUUGCAUCUUGUGUUAACAAUCCUUGGAGUGAGAUUUGUUAUACUAGCCUGACCCUGCCCACAACUUCAGAAUCUUAAUUAUGAGUGUACUGUACAGUGUUGUAACAAUCUCACAAUCUCAUUUGGUUUGAAGGGUGUUGGGUUUUGUUUUACUUAAUUUGGGGAAGAUGGGAAAAACAUUCAGAUUUUUUUUUUAUGCCACUUUCUUCCAAGUUUGGCACUUAAAUAUACUUUACUGGAUUAUUUUGUGUUAAGUGAAUGGUUUUUUAUUUUGAAUCCGUAAGUACAAUAUAAAGCUCUGCAGAGAAUCUGAAGCGUACUGUUUGCAUUUGGGUAACAAUUAUACAUCUUUAGGAGCCUUGUUUCUUCCCCUUUCCUCUCAUCCUCAAGUCAUUCUUUAUAUUGCAAAAUUAGGGAAAUUCACACCUUCCUUUUGCAUUUGGUUUUGUAUUUGGGCUUGAAAGAUGUACUCAAAUAAAACAUUCCCACCAAUAAA